GGAAAAAAAAAAUCCCCAAACCCCCACAGCCCCGGGCGGGCGGGCGCGCGCGAUGGGCGCCCUUUGGCUGCGGGAGCGAGUGGAGGAUGCUGGGAAGGAGGUAAAAUGGCCACCGGCGGCGGCGCGGAAGAGGAGAGGAAGCGGGGGCGGCCGCAGCUGCUGCCCCCCGCGCGCCCCGCGGCCCGGGGCGAGGAGGCCGAGGGCGGCCGCGAGAAGAUGGGCUGGGCCCAGGUGGUGAAGAAUCUGGCCGAGAAGAAGGGCGAGUUCCGCGAGUCGCGCGCGCCGCGGCGGGAGGAGGAAGGCAGCGGGGGCGCGGGCGGCGGGCUCGGGGCCCCCGCGGGCCUCGCGGCUCCGGGCCUCGGCGACUUCCCGCCGGCCGGGCGCGGGGACCCGAAGGGCGGCCGGAGAGAACCGGCGGCCGAGGCGGCGGACCCCCGCAAGAAGAAGGGCGCAGUCGAGGCGGGCAAGAGGAAGAAGGCCGAGCCGGCGGCCAUGGCGGCCCCGGCCAGGCCCGGGACGGCCGAGGACGUGGCCGAGCUGGCCCCGCAGGACGAGCAGGCGGCGGCGGGCCCCGCGGGCGGCCCGGGCAAGGGCCGCUUCCUCGUGCGCAUCUGCUUCCAGGGAGACGAGGGCGCCUGCCCGACCCGGGACUUCGUGGUGGGCGCGCUCAUCCUGCGCUCCAUCGGCAUGGACCCCGGCGACAUCUACGCGGUCAUCCAGAUCCCGGGCAGCCGCGAGUUCGACGUGAGCUUCCGCUCCGCCGAGAAGCUGGCCCUGUUCCUGCGCGUCUACGAGGAGAAGCGCGAGCAGGAGGACUGCUGGGAGAACUUUGUGGUGCUGGGGCGGAGCAAGUCCAGCCUGAAGACGCUCUUCAUCCUCUUCCGGAACGAGACGGUGGACGUGGAGGACAUCGUGACCUGGCUCAAGCGCCACUGCGACGUGCUGGCCGUGCCGGUGAAAGUGACCGACAGGUUUGGGAUCUGGACCGGGGAGUACAAGUGCGAGAUCGAGCUGCGCCAGGGGGAGGGCGGGGUCAGGCACCUGCCGGGGGCCUUCUUCUUGGGGGCCGAGAGGGGCUACAGCUGGUACAAGGGGCAGCCCAAGACGUGCUUUAAAUGUGGUUCGCGGACCCACAUGAGCGGCAGCUGCACGCAGGACAGGUGCUUCAGGUGCGGGGAGGAGGGGCACCUGAGCCCUUACUGCCGGAAGGGCAUCGUGUGCAACCUCUGUGGCAAGCGAGGACACGCCUUUGCCCAGUGUCCCAAAGCCGUCCACAAUUCCGUGUCAACUCAGCUAACCGGCGUGGCCGGGCACUGAACACCCGCCUGCCUGCCAGGGUGAACACACAGCCAGCUUACCCCUCUUAAGUGCCAAAACUUUUUUUUAAACCAUUUUUUAUCGUUUUUGAAGGAGACCUUUUUAAAACCUACAAGACAUCUCUCUCCGCCUUCUUAAACCAAGUUUACUCCGUUUCAGCCUUUUCUGAAUUGAUGACUCUGUCAUCACAGAACUGUAGUGUGCACAUAUGUCCCUCUUUUUUUUUUUAAAUUUUGGUUUUGUUUUUGUAUUUGGGGAAUUUCUUUUUUUUUUUGGUUUGAUUUUGUAACUUUUACUCCCCACUCCUUGUGUUCUCCCUAGAUUUUCACCCUUUGGGCUGCCUUGCUCAUAUUUACGCCCCAGCGCUAGUUACGGGGCCCAGCACCUCGUAGGCACUCCAGUGUUUGUUGAAUUGAGAACAUUGUUGACUGUGCUUCUGUCAGGGUGUCUACCUAUUGCAGCUCUUCCCUUCCCCUUUUAAUUUGCUGCUUCUAAUCUAUGUGAUCUGACAUUUUGUGAAACCAGUGUUGUUAGAAAGUGUAUGUAAUCUGAGUCAAUAAGCUCUGAAUGGUGGCCAGGGGCCUCUCUUAAGGCUUAAAAAUUAAUGGACUAUGUGACAGCUCUUUUAGUGACUCAGAUGCCAUUUUUCAUAGAAUCAUGAAAUCUGGAAUUUUCCUGCUGGAAAGGAACCUACAAAUUGGUUUAGGCCAAUCCCCAUCUUCCAACAGAUGAAACAGACCCAGAACAAUUAAAUGACUGGGUCAAAAUCACAUAGCUGUCUGGUGCCAGAACUAGCCUAGAGUUCCCUAACCCCAAACCCGGUGCUCAUUCCACUACCUCUCACACUUCACAACAUUUUCCUCAACACUUGAGGGCCCAGAAAGCCUGCUCUCUUCAGGAUAAUGAGCCUAAAGGAAUACUAAGAUAUCAUCUGGUGGAGGAAACAGGUUUAAAGGGCUCCUGCAUGCUAGAGAGAUAGGGAAGGGACAUAGGAAUGUAAUCCAGGGUGUGCGCAUUGCUCCCUGGGCUGUCAUAUCUAGUUUAAAGGGUUCCAGCUCCUUUGGGGCCUUCCCCUUCCCCAUGCAUUGCCACCAGUGAGAAGUGGGGGUUUUCCUGAGUAAGAAAACCCACCACCAGUUUACAAUUACACCUUAGCCUCAAUAACUAGAAACCCCAGAGCAACAACUAACUGAAGCUCAUCUGCAACCUCCUAACUCUCAGGAGGAAGGAGACUUUAAUCCAGAAUUAAAAGUGAGCUGUUAACUCUAAAAUGUACUUGCAAAAUAGGUCAAGCAAGAGGGCAUUGUGUUAACUAAGUGUUAUCAAGUUAAAGUUGAAAAAACAAUACACUGCUUUUCUUUUAAUUUUUGGUUUUACUUUGCUUUACAUUUUGCUAUUUCCUUGUGGCUUAGAAUGUAAAAUCGAUUGUUAAAAGUUUUGUUCUGAAUAAAUAUUUAUCUUUUGUAUUGC